CUUCCUUAUCGUCCUCUCGUCUUCAACGCUCUCUUCCUCAGUCAUCAUCGUGAAACAUUUAUUGAUUACAAAACAAAAAAAAAGAAAAUAUUUACCAAGGAACAAUGGUGUGAGAGGUUUUCGUCUCCGCGCAGAAGAUUUUUAUUUAUUUAUAUUUCGGUUUUUACUUCUGAGUAGAAUUAUACUACAAUGGAGUGUGUUGGUGCUCGUAAUUUCGCUGCAACGGCGGUCAUAGCUUUUCCGUCUUGGAGUUCUUCGCGUAAAAACUAUCCGGUGGUUAAUAGAUACAGCUUUAGUAAUCUCCGGUGCGGUUUUGUUAAAGUCAGAGCUAGCGGCGGCGGAGCAGGUUCCGGUUGCGUGGCGGUGAGAGAGGAUUACGCCGACGAGGAAGACUUCGUGAAGGCUGGUGGUUCGGAGAUUCUAUACGUUCAAAUGCAGCAAAACAAAGACAUGGAUGAACAGUCUAAGCUUGUUGAUAAGUUACCUCCUAUAUCAACUGGUGGUGAAGGUGGUGGUGCUUUGGACCUAGUGGUUAUUGGUUGUGGUCCUGCUGGUUUAGCCUUGGCUGCAGAAUCAGCAAGGUUAGGUCUCAAAGUUGGACUCAUUGGUCCUGAUCUUCCUUUCACUAACAACUACGGUGUUUGGGAAGAUGAGUUCAACGAUCUUGGCUUGCAAAAAUGUAUUGAGCAUGUUUGGAGAGAUACCCUUGUGUAUCUGGACGAUGACAAUCCUAUUACCAUUGGUCGUGCUUAUGGAAGAGUUAGUCGACGUUUACUUCACGAGGAGCUCUUGAGGAGGUGUGUGGAGUCAGGUGUCUCGUAUCUUAGCUCCAAAGUUGAGAGCAUAACAGAAGCUCCUGAUGGCCUUAGGCUUGUUUCCUGUGAACAAAACACCCUUGUUCCCUGCAGGCUUGCCACUGUUGCUUCUGGAGCAGCUUCAGGGAAGCUCUUGCAAUACGAAGUUGGGGGGCCUAGAGUCUGUGUCCAAACUGCUUACGGCUUGGAGGUUGAGGUGGAAAACAGUCCAUAUGAUCCAGAGCAGAUGGUGUUCAUGGAUUACAGAGAUUAUACAAACGAGAAAAUCCGGAGCUUAGAAGCUGAGUAUCCAACGUUUCUCUACGCCAUGCCUAUGACAAAGACAAGAGUCUUCUUUGAGGAGACAUGUCUUGCUUCAAAAGAUGUCAUGCCCUUUGAUUUGCUUAAAAAGAAGCUCUUGUUGAGAUUAGAGACACUCGGUAUCCGAAUACUAAAGACUUAUGAAGAGGAAUGGUCUUACAUCCCAGUAGGUGGUUCCUUGCCGAACACGGAACAAAAGAAUCUCGCCUUUGGCGCUGCAGCUAGCAUGGUACAUCCUGCAACAGGCUAUUCAGUUGUGAGAUCUUUGUCUGAAGCUCCAAAAUACGCAUCAGUCAUCUCGGAUAUACUAAAACAAGAGUCUACGACUUCCUUCACCAGACACAUCAACACCAAUAUUUCAAGACAAGCUUGGGAUACUUUAUGGCCACCAGAAAGGAAACGACAAAGAGCAUUCUUUCUCUUUGGUCUUGCGCUCAUAGUUCAACUCGAUAUCCAAGGCAUUAGAUGCUUCUUCCACACUUUCUUCCGCCUUCCAAAAUGGAUGUGGAGAGGGUUUCUAGGAUCAACAUUAACAUCAGGAGACCUCGUUCUAUUUGCUUUCUACAUGUUCAUCAUUGCACCAAACAACUUGAGGAAAGGUCUCAUUAAUCAUCUUAUCUCUGAUCCAACCGGAGCAACCAUGAUUAAAACCUAUCUCAGAGUAUGAUUCUCUCCUCCACUCUUGGGUUUGUAUAUAAAUGAAUAAUCCAUCGACGAAUGGCAUGUGGGUUACUAGGAAAAUUUGUAACAAACGUGUAUAGAAUCUAUUAUUCACAAGGUAUGUGCCUAAAAAGAUUGAGAGAAGGAUAGUCUUUGCCAUUUUAUUUAAGUACAAUCCAUUCUCGUUGUUA